AUGGCAAACUGGAAAGAACUGGGUGAGGUCCCAGACUCGGACGACGAACUCGACUUCGAUAGCCAGGAUCUUGAGUCGCUACCGAACCCCGAACUACCUUCGAAACGCACUGCCAAUAUUUCGCAAACGAAGGACGCUCGAGAAAGCAUUUGGGACGUUCCCGAAUCGUCACAAAUUAGCCCAGGAGCCGCGACUGCGAAGCAUGGAGCAACAACCCCCCGCCAUGAGGUGUUUGCGCCUGUCGACGAGGAGCCGCCCUCCUCGCCGCUGUCAUCAGUAUCGGAUAUGGACGAGCUGGACAAUUCCUUUAACUUGGAAUUCGACGACCCUGACCCCGAAGUAGUCGCACCUACUACGAAGACGAGGAGUGUGUACCUUCCCAACGACCGCGAUGACUCUCCCGAUCCCCUGGCUGGAGAUGACAGCGUUUCGACGAGCUAUGUCAAAAUCACUGCUCCUGAAACCGAGUUCCCCGUCGAGAACAACAUCGAAAGCCUUCCGCCUCCCAUAAGGUCUCCGGCAGGCUCUCCGCAACUGAGCCAACAAAGCCGACAGAGGCGGUUGGCUGCUCAGCUCUUUGCUAGUUCGAGUCCGGAGGCAGAGGUGGCAGCCCCAAUCGCGCAGUCCCAUAUUGGUAAUAUUGCGCCCCCGAGGCCCUUAUUCACCUCUUCAGCAACCUCCCCCGUUGCCUCUCUAGCGCCGAGCCAGUUGAAGGAACGGCAGAAGUCGGCGGCCGCUCAUCGGGUACCAAGCUCGAGCAGGGACGCGGAGGUUGCUAGACAAGUCGCUGUGCGGUAUGAACGCUCGUUCAGACCGAGGAAACCAAUUCAGGAACAUCCAUAUCUUAUAGAGAAUGCUCAGUACAGCAAGGCUCUCAAGUCGCAUGGCAUCCGGCCGAUCAGAAUACCCACAGAACCAGCCCCAAGACGACAAAGGCCGGAGGAAGAUUCUCAAGAGCAAGACUUUGAGGAUAACAGCCAAGGAACCACUACUGAUGCGCCGAACGAGACCAUAGACGAGAGCCACUUCAAUGGCCUGGAGGGGUUGCCGAGCUCCGGUCCUCAGCCGGUGUCGUCUCUUUCUGCGUCGCCCCUCCGAACGUCAUCCCCCAAGCACCGUGGGGGGCCGAGCAGUCAACCAAGUCAAGGAGAUACGGACAAUACUAGCUUCUCCGACAUCGAUGAUUUGCCCUCGCUUGAUAAGAUCCAUCGCGACUUGUUGGCAAACCGAUCUACCAAGAAGCGCAAACGUGGAAAAGGCAGUGUGGCCAGGGUUAGAGAGACGGAGGCGGUGGUUCCAGAUACACUUUCGCCCUCGCGUCCGCAAUUUCAGCAGUAUGAUGAGAUUUACGGUAUACUGUCUUCACCGUCCUCGUCACCGGAAGUGCAGUCUGCCGCCGACAAUCAAGGAGUUGAUCCUGAGUCAUUGCUUUUAGAGAGCAAUAUCGAAACAGAAUUUGUGGAGGACGAUGAUCAGCCUAUCGUGGACGGCAAUUUGCUGUCCCCUCUUAUGUCUGAAAGGCAUGGUUCAGUUGACGCAGAGCCGCCGGUGUUCGACCUGACAAUGGCGGGCACUUCUGAUGCAGAAGCAGAAGAAGCAGAAGAUGGCUUUCGAGAUGAAGACGCGCAGAGCAAUUCUGGAGGGGAGUCAGAGGGCCAGAAUGACAGCGGUGAGGAGGCCGGCGCGGUGAUUGCCAAGAGGAUGCGAGGUGUUCUUCCAGCAUCUUGGCUUAGACUCGAUCAACAAGCAAAUCGUCCCAAACCGGCUCAAUACCAACGUACCGAAGAAUCUCCCGAGAAGUUGCCAAGACGAGGCGUAGCGGUCCGACGGAUUGGUCGUUCGGCAUCAUCUAAGGCAUCAGCGCUCAUUUUCGAUGAUUCGGACGAUGACAUGACAUCGGCACCGACGCCCACACGCCCUUCUCACAAUCUCCAGACAGGUUUGCCUUUCGAGAGAUCCGAGGUGAUGGAACGAAUCGACGAUGAUGAUAGCGGCUCCGUCGUUGAAGAUGAUCAGGUCGAUCACAUGCUUCCAAGCAGAAAACGCCAAUUCACUCUCAAAGUCUUUCAACAACCCGCCAAAAGACAGAAGAAGAACGACCGGACACCACACACCCAUCCCAAAAAACGUGGGCGACCCCCCAAAGGUGGAAAUCGAUCUUCUGGACUUUCGCGCCUUGAUUCUUUUGCCAAAAAUCUCAAAUCCGGUUCGAGCAGUACUCGACCUGUAGCUCGAGUAUCCCCUCCAAGGUUGAGCAUUUUGGAUGUCAUCGAGCCAGAUGCGCCGAAGUUUCUGAAGAUUGCAGCUCGUACAGCUCAGAACAAACGACAUUUGGGCCGAUCCAACCCCGCAAACAAAAGCAUACGCCUAGCUACGCGGAAGGACAAUGUAGAUGCCGGCAGAGUGCUACAAGAGUGGACAGGAGGCAAAAUUCGACCUCGACUAGGAUUACAGACCAAGAAUCAAACCAAGCCCACUGGGACAAUUGGAAGGCGUCCACUCACUCAACUGCCAUUCAACGUCUUCUCUCGCGGUGAUGUGUCCUCUCCCAAGGCCCUUAGCGCCAUACAGCCGGACCAACUUCACCGUGAAGGCUCAACGCCUUCAACACCUUUGCCAGACGCGCGCUCCAGGGCAAGACCGAUGUCUAGAAGCACUUCGAUCACGAGUCAGCACACACGGGAUGCCACCAACCGACCGGCGCAGCUUGAAGCCGACUUGACCGAACAACCGGGUAGAAUCGGUUUUCAGGCGAAGAAGCGAGCACUCGACGCUCUCUUUAAGCGUGGCCACUCGCAGUCGUUGUCAUCGAGAAGUGCGCAUCUGGACUCUUUUCUCGACGAUGCAUCUUCAGUCGUUUCAUUGCACAGCCUUGCUACUAGAGCCUCUCCUGAACCUUCAGUAACCAAGAAGCCCCUAUUGAAGCGUCCGAGGAAGCCCGCUCAGCCUAUUCGUAUUGAUGUUGCUGCAGCCCAAUUUCGACAUGCGGAUGACCCCUUACCUACUAUAGAGUUGGUUACACCUGUAGAAACGCCCAAGACCUUGUCCAACGACAAUCAGCUUCUUGGCCUCGGUCCUUUCGGCACACACUAUACACAGCACUUUGACAUUUUCCCCUUGGAUCGCGGGGUCUUCUUUCACGAGACAACACUCAUCGGCAGUGGCAAGAUCAGUUCAGCAGUAUACGAUCAGUUUCCAGAGAAGCUGUGGAAUCAUCGCCCUAGGAUUUCCUUCAGUCUGGGUGAAUUGGUACUUCGCUGGGACUCGUGGAACGAACAAGUCUCUUCCGAAUUCGGUAUUGUAAUGGACGGGAUCCUCGAUCACAUCCUCAAGCCUUCCCUGUCUGUGGGAAUUGCACCCAAUGCGAAAGAAGCGGCAAGGUUCGUUCUAGACUAUGUACAAAAAGCGAUGAGCUUCACCAACGAUGCCAGUGCUGGCUCCUUCAUCGCACGGGUUUCUGACGUGGUGAAGUCUUUCUUGACGCGCCUGGACUCUGAAAAUGUCAUCGACUUGCCGAAACGUCGGGAACUUGCCGACAUAAUGUCAAACGUAUUUGUUGUCGUCUCCUACGCAGUUCGUCUCUGUCAAAAAAGCCCUUCGCUCAUGACAGAGAGCUUUGCUAUGGAGGCACUCCUCAAAAAAACUGCGGAAGCACUGGUCCGAUUGCUACUCGACAUUGGCCUGGACGAUGUCACACAAUUAUACGAUGAUCUUCAGACUCUAGGAUACCGUGAGCGUGGUAUUCGCUGCGACAAGAUCGUAGCACAUGCUUGGGUGCUCCUGAUGAAGGUCCUGGAAUUUCUGCGGAUUCCUAAAAUGACCUUUUGGGACGUCACGUACUCGUGCAUAAUACAACCAAGCGUCAUUCGUGGAAUGGAUUCCCAAGAGUUCGAGAACCUUUGGAACAAAAUGUUCACGCUCUUGCCAUUGUGCGAGUUUGAUGACACUGGUGUUAUCAUUGCCGACAGGAGGCACCUGAUUCCUUUGGAAGGGUGGCAUUUACCCCAGCAAGUCCUCAAACGAGUUUUCCAACUAUACAGCGACAACCCCCGUCAGUCGCCCAGCUUCAACGACUACUGCCGUGCACUAGUGUCAAGAUGUCACUAUCUGGUAGAUCAAUGGGGCUGGCAAAAAUGCAGCGGUAUCAUCGGCACCAUCUUCGACUUUUUUGGGUCGCAGAACUUGUCUCAUCUGCGCAAUGAAGAAGCUUUCCGCUCAGCUCGUUUCCUAGACAACCUUCACCUUGACCCGUCCCUUCAUGUCGAGCCUGAAGAUAGGUGUUUUCACAUAUUUCUCAAACUUGUGGCACUAGCCAUCAAGAAGUUGAGGCAGAGAGGGUCAGUCAACGACAUCCGGAACUUGGUUACUCGCACACUGCCAAACCACGACCGGCAAUAUUCCAAAGAACAGAACGUCCAUCAACAUGACUUAGCAGCUCUCAGGAACCACCACGAUCUUUUGUGCACUCUGUUCUGGGCAGCACCAGCUGAUCUUCGUCCGGGCAUCCACAACCUGGAGAAGCUGGUGAUACCUGCUAGCUCUCACAAGGAAGCCUGUCUGAUCAACUUGCGGGCCUGGAAUCAAUUAGCAAGGUUUGUUGUACACGACGAGUCUGCUGCAUCAUUCAAUCCGUUGGCGAGCUGGCAGGCCAAUGUGUUCAAGCAGCUUUUGGAUCAGUACAACUCGGCCGCAGCAGAUAUCCAACAGCAGUUCUUGGCACUGUCCAAGGAUGAUAGCAACAACGUCAGCGAAGACCUCAUGAACUCCAUUGUGGCCACAAAUAAAGCUGCUACCAUGGAGAUCAUGCUUUUCUCAGUCAAAUCUUCGAUGGAGGUUGUGCAACAUGCACGUAGUCUGGAGCUGGCAAGACUUGCUUCUAGCCCUUACCAACUACAGCAAGUCUUCCAGCAUUUCUCUACAUUGCCAGCAGACUUCCCAUCCACACUCCUACAAGCCUCUUUAACUACACUGGAACGUCUUCUGGGCCGGAUUGAAUCUGUCUUCAACGAAGCCGAUGAUAGCCAAGACAGUAUGGCUUCUCGAACUUUGGAAUCAGAGGAUGCUAUUCUUAUGCUGGACCGCGAAUUGGCCACUGGGUUUCUUUCAGCAGCACGCUGCCUCCUGUUAAAUCAAUCGCGUGGUAAACAUGGCGCCUCAAGUGUACCAAAAUUUUGCGUUGAGCAAUCUGUCGUUGUCUCUGGGACGAUGAUAGGUCUCUUCGUCCGUUGUGGAAUGAUGGCACUUUCGCAGGUCUUUAAAGCGACCAAGUAUGGUCUGUUUGGAAAGGAUUCAAACAAGCUCGACUGGGAACAACGCCAAUAUCUUCCACUCUUCCUCUCUAUCGUUGCGCAGAAGGGAGCAACGGUCAACCUGGAGGAUAUUGGAGCAAGUCUCUUGCUGUUGUGGCUCUCAAUCAUCGUACAGCCAAGCCACUGCCUGAGAUUUGAGAACCAAUUCGGACAGCAGCUACAGCGACAGGGCUAUCAUUUCAUCCCGGACAAAGCAGGUCUCGUCGUCAACCCAGGCUACUUGGCCAAUCGUGAAUUCUUCGAAUACGCGAUAUCCUGGAUGCGAACAUCUCUGCAUACAGCUGACGCUGCAUCCAAGAAGAACGUGCGCUCUGAGUUCGAGAGAGUGCUCAAUGCCAUCAUGAACCAGAUGCGGACCGAUGUUCAGAUCAUGGCCGCUGAUUUAUCAGAGCAUCCGAGCUAUGUCAAGUUCGUCCGCAGCAUCGUCUCUCUCAUCAAGGCCCACGGACCAGACAUCUGUCCCGUACAGAAGUUCUUCUUGGAAGUGAGCAAGGAGUAUUCUCCGCCCAUGCAGGACCCGCAGCUACAGGCAGCGUUGAUCCAGUCAUACGGAUUCAAGCUUGCGGAAGGCGACCCUAGAGUCCCAAGUACUCUCUUCCACUUCUUGCUCAACAACUUCAAGGGGGCUCUUCAGCGUGGUCGACUGCCGCAUGAAGUCAUCCUAUUGAAAGGGGCUCUGCAGAAUGAUGCCAUCAAGUCGUUCAUCCUCGGCAAGAUGCUUCCAGCAGUGCUUCAUGCCACUUUAACCAACGUCGAGGCCUACGCGAUGCUUGACGUUCUAUGCGAUGCCCUUGGAUUGGCAAUAAACUUGCCACCGAUUGCUCGUCAACUCAGCGAAGACAAUCUUGAGUGUAUUGUUACCUUAGUCACAACCACGUUAGCUUGGGCAUCUGCCCUAGGAGGGAGCAUGCUUAGUGCAGAGCAUGUUCAUGCGCUCAGACGAAUCACUUGGCUCCUCAACGCUUUUCAACCGUCUCUCGAAGCGUUCUCGCUAAUGGCUAUAGAACCUCGAGGCUGGGACAACGUCAUGGCUAUGUUGCAUUGGUUCAGCCAGCUCGCCGAAGGUGCACAAGAGUAUCUUGAAAACCAAGAAACCCCAUUCAUAGCAGCCUCGGGGCUGUUCCGCCGAUUGAGAACUCUCGAUAAGACCUUCAGGAUCCAGGACACCACGGUUCUGACCUGGUCUGAGCAUAUAGGGAACGACAUAACCAGGAAUUGGGUCACGACGGGGCCGUUGUUAACGGUGUCAGCACAUAACCGAGGCACGCCUUCGACGCAGUCUGGGCAUGGUUCAUUACGACCUAACUGGGACAUGCACGAAUUGAUGACGAGCCUGCUUGAUCAAAUGCGGAAUUGGCACGAGUGGUGGAUGAGGGUGAAGGCGUCGCCUGCUGAUUAUGAGGAGGUCGAUUUUUGGGAGGACAUCAUAUUCUGA